GUGGGCGCGGGCACGUGUAUAAAAGCUCCCGCAGUCUCGGCGGCGUGCAGAGUCCGGUCAAUAGCAGUGAGGGAUUCCGUGUGGAUUAUAAACAUUUAUAACGAGGAGGACAGAUGACAAACUCACAGGAAACGACACGGCGCGAUGCUGCUCCACCACACACUGUCGCAGAUGUGUUAAAGAUAAGGAGGAGAAAAGCUCAGUGGCUGGUUUCUGGGAUGUUAAGUCUGUCUUUGCUAAUAGUUGUGAUGGGCAUCUACAUCAGUACACGCACGGAAAGUGUCAGCAUCACAGGAUACAUUUCAGGCAUUAUUUUGGCGUUUGGAUCGUUCUUGGGAGUUCUUGGACUGAGCUUGGAGGAAAACCGCAAACAGCUGUUAGUUGCAUCCAUCGUGUUCCUGAGUUUUGGGAUAAUUUCCAGCUUCCUGUGUCUUCUGAUUGAUGGCGUUUUCAUUCUGCUCAACAUUGAUAUGCGUCCCAUGAAGGCAGGAAGAUGUCAGUUCUACACCAGUGGAAACAGUUACAUCUAUGAAAACUACUACGCUACAGUUCCCUGUCAAGGACUAACAGAGUCCUGUAAUAUGAAAGUUCGCAGUGGAACGUGUUACUGUUGUGAUUUGUAUGAUUGUGCCAAUGGAGGAUAUCUGAAUAAUUACUAUGAGUUUGUGGGUGUGCAGAGCUGUCAGGAGGUGCUCUCUCUGUAUGUUCUACUCUGGGUUUUAACUGCUCUCAACCUGCUGGCCUUCGUGCUUGGGAUCCUGACCACUGCUGUACUGGGCAGUAUCAAAGACAUGAGGAGAGGAGUAAUUGGUCUCAAUAUGUCCCAAUGGGGAGGUUCAUCUCUGUUCUCCUUUGAUGGAGCCCACUGUUCAUCCCCCACUGCACCCCUGCUAACAGACCCAAAUUCGCAAGCAGGACACCAGCUCUAUCCGAGAGCGUCUCUUUACGCAUCUCCGGCAGCAGGAUCCACUGUUUCUCCAGGAGGGUCUUCAGAUUCAGCCCCUGUGCAGCUUAACCCCCCGCCCUUCGCCCCUUUCCAUAACCUCCUUCCCUACAAGAGCUCCGGCUUCUCAGCUUAAGAGCGUCUGGAUUCACACCAAAGACAUUUACACUGCACUCCCUUUAAACACAACAUCAGAUAAUUGCAGAGGUUUGCUCUCUCAAUAAAUCUCACCGGUCUUAUCCUGCAA